AUGAACAUACCCGAUGACUACUACACUGUCAUAAUCAAUAACCAAUCUGAAAAAUUCACUAUCAGUAAGCGGUUUCGAAUUAUUCGUGAAGUUGGAUCAGGAUCUUAUGGAUCUGUCUGUAGUGCAAUCAAUGUGAAUACAAAUGAAGUUGUUGCUAUAAAGAAAUGUCGGCAUGUAUUUGACAAAAAGCUUAUAACAAAGCGGUGUCUUCGAGAAAUAAAACUUUUGCAGCAUUUCAAUGGCCAUCCACGCAUCAUUGAUUUAAAAGAGAUGGAUAUUGUAGAUCCACAGAAUUUCAACGAAAUAUACUUGAUACAAACUUGUUGUGAUACGACAAUGUCGGAUAUAAUUCAUUCAAAAGUCAAAUUGGAACCUGUUCAUUAUCAAUGGUUCAUGUAUCAGAUUUUCACUGCAUUAAAGUAUAUUCACAGUGCGAAUGUUUUGCAUAGAGACCUUAAGCCUGCAAACAUUCUUGUGAACGAAAACUGCGACUUAAGGAUAUGUGAUUUCGGUAUGGCCCGCGGCAUAGCAAUUCCUUCGAAUGCCAUUGAUUCUCAAAAUAUGACACACUAUGUGGUAACCCGUUGGUAUCGAGCACCUGAAAUUAUGAUGAGUCGCAACGCUUACGAUAAAUCCAUUGACAUGUGGUCGGCAGGCUGUAUCUUAGCAGAAUUGCUUGGCAGGAAAGUGCUUUUCAAAGGAUCAGAUUAUGUUGAUCAGUUACAUAAAAUAGUUGGUAUCCUUGGGCUUCCCAAGGACACAUCUUUUUGGGAUAGUUCAUCAUCGGUUACAGAAUAUAUUAGAAGCUUACGUGAUGAGUGUGGCAACCCUCCACCCGAAGAGCCUGUUGAUUUUAAUGUACUCUUCCCGAACGCUCCACCAGAAGCGAUUGAUCUGCUACAAAAAUUGAUACAACUGGACCCAUUGAAACGGCUCACUGCUGAACAAGCGUUGGAGCACCCAUUUGUAGCGCCAGUAAGGGACCUUGCAGAAGAAUUAGAUUGUCCUUCUAAAUUCGACUUUGAAAGCUUUGAAAUGAUUGAAAGUGAGCAUCUUCUACGACAAUGCAUUAUUGAGGAAAGUACACCUGUUACACCAGAGGUUCGUUCUUUCAACUAUACUGUGUCCUUUCCGUGCAUUCCCAUCUCGAACGCAACAAAAGGCAUGAAUGGCUUUUCUACUAUGAACCUCUUUGAUCGCUAG